CCUCUUUUUCAUUUGAUCAUCAUUUCCUGCUCAUUUUGUACUCUGUCGGAUUUGAGUAGGAGCCAGGUGAUGAAAACAAGGAAAUAUUGGACCAAAAGCUCAAAAGGUUGCAGUUGGUAUCUGUGAAAACAAUUCUAAGCUACCUUCAGGACAUAGAGGAUCAUCAUGUAUUCAAUAACCAUCAUUCUGACAUGCCUAGCAACUUAUACAUAUGCCCAAGGAAAUUCAAAUCCAUGUGCAGUGUUUGAUUCUUGUGCAGCUUGCAUCACUGGAGGGCCAGAUUGUGUCUGGUGUGGAGAUGAGAAUUAUAACCUUAUUAUCAAAAGGCCAAGGUGUGACUUGAGGUCAAAGAUGAACAGUACGUGUCACAAUAAAACAGAUCCAAGCAGCACGUUCAACAAACCUCUAAGCAACAAAGAACUUGACUCUAAUACCCAAUUCACACCACAGACCUUAAAUCUAAACCUACGAGUUGACCAACCUGCAAAAUUUCAAGUAAAGGUGAAGCCAGCAGAAAACUACCCAGUGGAUCUAUACUAUCUUAUGGAUUUAUCUUUUUCCAUGAAUGAUGAUCUUGAAAAUUUAAAAAAUCUUGGAGCUGGAAUCUCAUCUGCUAUUGGCUCUGUUACAACAAAUUACAGACUUGCUUUUGGAUCUUUUGUUGACAAAGCAGUUUCUCCAUUUGUUCAAAUUGAGAACGAAACACCAUGCCCUCAAUGCAGAAAAACAUUUGGUUAUAUUCACAACAUGAAUUUCACAACAAAUGCCAAUGAAUUUGCAAAUGGUGUGCGUAAACAGACAAUAUCUGGAAAUCUUGACAAACCAGAGGGAGGUUUUGAUGCUCUGAUGCAGUUGGCUGUUUGUGAAAAGAAAAUUGGCUGGAGGUCAAAGAGUUCUUCGAGAAGAAUUGUUAUUUACGUUACUGAUGAUUCAUUCCAUAGUGCAGGUGAUGGGAAGAUUGGAGGUAUUGUCACCCAAAAUGAUGGAGAAUGCCACAUGAAUGAUGCUAACACAUAUUCAAAGAGCACUGUCAUGGAUUAUCCAUCAGUUGGAUUUCUAAGAGCGAAAUUAAGAGAAAGCAAGAUUGUUCCAAUUCUUGCAGUAACAAGCCGAGUAAAAUCACUGUAUGAUAGUCUUGCUGGGGAGUGGAAAGACCUGGGUACAACUGUUGGUACUCUGUCUAGUGAUUCGAGCAAUAUUGUCAGCUUGAUAAAAAAGAAUUAUGAGAAAAUAUCUUCUACGGUGCGGCUUGUAGACAGUCAACCUAGCGAUUUCAAAAUAGAAUAUAAACCAAUAAAAUGCAGCCAAGUUGCAGGGGACAACGAGUGCAAGAACGUCAAAAUUAACGAAGAAGUGGUUUUUGAGGUCUCAGUCACCCCACAACGAUGCUCAGAAGCUGUCAAGAAGCUCAAAAGUUUUGAUAUCAGCAUUAUUGGUUUUGGUGACGUAAAAGUAAAUGUGGAUGUCAAAUGCGACUGCGAUUGUGAAAAGCAACCCCAAGCUAUGAAGAACAGCACAAGAUGCAAUUCCGCUGGAACAUUUGCAUGUGGUAAAUGCUAUUGCGACGCUGGAAAGUAUGGUUCAGAUUGCAAAUGCACAGAUGCGUCAGCUGUCGAUGAUUCUCAAUGCAGAGCCAAUAAUGCAACAACAGGACAUGUUUGCAGUAAAUCUGGUACGUGUAUUUGUGGAUCCUGUCAGUGCACACCACGCAAGCAUCCGGCUGAGAAAAUCUCAGGGACGUUUUGUGAAUGCAGAAAUUUUGGCUGCGAUUUACACAACGGGAAAGAGUGCGGAGGGCCUGACCAAGGAGUUUGUGAAUGCAACAAAUGCACAUGUAAGGGGGUCUGGAUCGGAAGUAACUGCGGACAGAAAAACUGCACUUUAGUCGAAAAGGACUGCGUCAAAAAUGGGGUUGUCUGCGGUGGACGCGGGAAAUGUGAUUGUGGAGUGUGCAACUGUGAUGUUGGAUACAGGGGAACACAUUGCGAAGCCUGUCCGUCUUGCCCUGGCCAAUGCUCUCGUAAACGGGAUUGUGUUUUCUGCCAAGCAUUCAAUCGUGGAAGUCCUGAAACUUGCAAGAACUGUUCACUGCAUAUCAUCAAGACAAAUGUUACAACUUACGGUCAGAAAUGUGAAGUCCCCGAUAACGAUGGCUGCUUUGUUGUUUUCUCCUAUUCUGUUGCUGAUGAUGGAAAUACAACUGUUUGGGUUAACCCCAAAAAAGCUUGCCCUCAGACUAUCUCAAGUGAAGCCAACGUAUUGGCUAUUGUCCUCGGAAUCAUUGGUGGCCUCUUGUUGGCGGCUAUAGUUGCGCUCCUUAUUUGGAAGCUAUUGGUGUCUACUUACGAUAACUACGAAUAUUCAAAGUUUGAAAAGGAAAGAACAAGCUCAAGGUGGAAUAAGGCCGAGAACCCCAUUUACAAGGGGGCCAAGCAGAAGUACGACAACCCAGUUUAUGCUGGACAACGCCAGUGAUUCAGCUGAAGUCUUGUGGAGCAAAAUUUACAAUUUUGCAUAUUUAUAAUGAGCCUGAAUCGCAGAAAAUGAUAUCGAGGUCAACAAAAAUGAGGCUAUCGAUUGGAACAUCUGAUUAUUACGUUUGAUAACCCUCAUUAUUAUGGACAGACCUAUGAUCCAGAAAUUACCUUAGAAGUAUCAUCUUUUCAUAUCUAACAUCAUAAAACUAUAUAAAUAAUACUUAUCUUUUCGUAAAGAUUUUACAGUGUAAUCGUAAAGCUCAUCUAAUUGAAGGCAACUACCCGGCCUUCCAGCCCCCCACCCCAACCUCCCCAACCUCCCCCGCCAUGUUUAGCUAUGUAGAACAUGUGUGCGAAAUAUUGCAAUUUAUCCUGGAACUUGUCACCAUACUACACUGGGAUGUCAGUAGAUAAACAUUAUUUUUACACAUAUCUGUUGUAGGCCUAUUAUUGCAGCUCAUUUUUAAUGUGCUCGAAUUUUUUAAUAAUUUGCUACGCGUUUUAUAACAGUUUUCAUGAAAUUAGUUGUUUAGGCUACUUAAACUUAAACAACCAUUUUUUUAUCAAUAAUUUUAGGCUUCGUUUACACGAGAAAUUUUCGAACGGUUCCAAAUGGAUCUUUUUUCUAAGCGACCCCGUUUUGAUACGGUUAGCAGUUCCGUUUGGACCGGUUCCGACCGGUCCCCUGUAAACGGGAGGCCUAACCGUGCUUAUUUUAGUACUAUUUAAAAUGAAAGUGGUCCCGUGUAAACGGAAGGCUUAAUAGAGCUUGUUUUGGUACAGUUCAAAAUGGAAGUCGUCUCGUGUAAACGGAAGGCCUAACCGUGCUCAUUUAGCACCGUUCGAAAUGGAACCGGUUUCGUGUAAACGCUGCCUUGGAUACUUUAAUUCCAGGUUUUCCAGUUUGUUCUUCUUAUGUUUCGAAAUUUUUAUAAUAUUGCUGAUCACACUUUAAGAUCUACUUAUACAAAUUUAACAAAUUUAUAUCACUUUUUGAAUAAAUGUUUGCUCAUUUGAUGGCUUAUUUCUAACCAUUUUGAUCUUGUUACAUCACAUUUUGAUAAAAAAGGAGUUUGUACAUCGCAAAUAUUAAAUAUUUACAAGUACCUUGUUUGAUAAUGUUUUUAAUUGUGUAGUUUUUCGUCUUAUGUGCUUCAUCUGAAGUUAGAUAAUUUCUCUAGUUCGUUUUUUGAUUAUUUAAUAUUUGUAUUUAGAUUUUUUUUAUUAAAGCGAUAAAGGUAUAAU